UCUACUUUCAUUAUCAAUACACAAACAUUCGAAGUUGCCUGACUAUUUCUAGCUACAAGCAUGCACAAAGUACAAUAUAAUACUAUUUAAAGCAAUCCAAGACUGUUAGCGGUGCUCUGUUUAUUUUUUGAAUAGUGCCAGUAUAUGAAACUGUCAUUGCUGUGUGGACUUUCUGAGUUUCUCACUGGAUCUAGAUAGAUUCUAGAUCAAGAUUCUAGAUCUAAAAUCUAAGACUUUCUAAGACUAAGACUUUUUUUCUGUUAUCUUUUGCAGGCCUGGAACUACUACUAGAUCUACUACUAGAUUCUAGUAAUAUGGCAUAUGGGCCUAUACUAACUACUAUAGUCUACUAAUUCUAGAUCUACUACUAGUAAAAGUCUUAGUCUAGUAAUUGUUUGUAGCUGCAAUAUUCUAGCUAAUAGUACUAGACUUUAUUAAUAUUUAAAAAUAUUUAUUAGGCCCUAAAUUUACUAAUUUAAUCAUAUAGCUACAACUGCACACAGAAGUAUGCCGUACUCAUACAGUGCAGCUGAGUGCAUCAACUAGAUUUAUACACUACAGUGAUACUACAGUUGUGACUAAAGUCACUGACAGUCAGUGAAGUGAAUCAAUUGUGCUAGCCUGUCUCUCAAAAUCAAUUCAAAUUUCAAUCAGUAAUGUAAUCUAUCAGACUACAAGUAUAAAGCUGUUCAAGUCUUGUUGUUAAGACUACAGUUAAGAUAAAGACUUGAAUUAAAUAAAUUAUUAUUAAUUUAUCUAUUUUGAACAAUACUCAAAAUUGGAUUACGACUAUUAAAUAUUUUAUUAUGUCUGUUAUCAUAAGAAAUUUGCAAAGCAAAAUUCAGUUAAACUUAAGUCAGCUGCACUAUGAUGCAGUUACUUUGUUGAAGCUCACACAAUAUCAUUCAUAUGAUUUGGGAAUUAUGCUAGUUUCAAGCAAUGAAAUCAAAGCCCUGAACAAAAAAUACAGGAGAGUUAAUCGAGUCACAGAUGUCUUAGCUUUUCCUUUUCUUGAGGUAUCCCAUGAGCAGCCUGGAGUUCUUCCAAAUGUUGAUCAAGAAGAUAGAAUGCUUGGAGAUAUUGCACUCUGCACAUCUUUUAUUUGGUCAGAAUCACAGAAACACAAAGAAGAUUUUAAUAGCGUUAUGUUGACAAUGGUCACUCAUGGGCUGUGCCACCUUGUUGGUUUUGACCAUGAAACCAAAGACCAGUGGACACAGAUGUACAGGAAGGAGCUUGAAAUUUUGACCAGGUUCAACCAGCUGACAGGAUACAGGUGCUCACCAUUGUUGGGUGUUGGUCACUUUGAGGCUCAGCCCUUGCUAUCUGACCAGACUCAUUAAAAUAUCUUUAAUUAAUUACCUCCAUGCAUUUUUACAUGAACCUCUCAUCGUUGUUAAUAAGGUUAUGCAUAAAAUAACUGUCAUGUUGAAAUGCUAGUUUUGAAAAAA